AUGGCUACCCCGCCUGCGAGCCGUGACGAAUUUGAAGUCGCUCUAGUUUGUUCACGACCGCUCGAAUACAACGCCAUCUCGCUCCUCUUUGAUCAGUUCUGGGAUGAGAACGGCGAUCAAUAUGGCAGAGCCAUUGGAGACAUGAACACUUACACCACUGGACGCUUUGGAAAAUUCGAUGUCGUCCUGGUUCUUUUGCCAAAUACGGGGAAAAUCAGCGCGGCUAGCGCCACCGCGAGUCUCCGAUCGAGCUAUCCAGCGUUGAGGCUCAUAAUCUUGACGGGGAUCUGUGGAGGCGUGCCCAGUUCCGAUGCUGGCGAUGAGAUUCUCCUCGGUGACGUGGUCAUCAGCAAGACUGUGAUACAGUACGAUUACGGCAAGCAGUAUCCUGAUGACUUCGCGGUAAAGGACACGACAGAGGAUAGCUUGGGGAGGCCGGACAAGAAUAUCCGCAGUUUGAUUGCGGUCCUUGAAACAGCCCGCGGACGAGAGCUAAUUGAGAAGCGGGUUGCCGAUCUUCUCGAGCAAAUUCAAAAUCUUAAAAGGGAUACUUACCAGUAUCCCGGGACCGCCAGCGAUAAGUUAUUCGAGGCAAGUUACCGCCAUAAGCACCACACUUCGCUGCAAUGCCUCUGCGCGCAGUGUCACGAGUAUUCGGCUCCUGUAUGUGAAGAGUCUCGAGGUCUAGGGUGCGACGUACUUGGAUGUGAUGACAAGCAUUCUAUACCGCGACAGCGUCUUGAAACAAAACGCCAGCUUGAGCAGCAAAUAGGUAAUAAAGAGGCUCAGAUCCCGUCCAUCUUCAUCGGUCGUUUCGGUUCAAGUGAUAAAAUGCUCAAGUCCGGCGAGCAUCGUGAUCGAAUCGCUAAACAUUAUGGCGUCCUAGCCUUUGAGAUGGAGGGCGCCGGAGUCUGGGAUGAGCUUCCAUGUAUUAUUGUCAAGGGAGUCUGUAACUACGCAGACAGCCACAAUAACAGGCCUUGGCAGAACUUCGCCGCCGCAACGGCCGCAGCUGUCGCUAAAAGCUUGGUGGAACGGUAUACAAAAACAGACAAGCCGACCAUAAUCCAGGUCAAGCAGCAAAUAGAGGAGAUGAUGAAAGUUAAAGAAAAUAGAGAUUGCCUAAAGGACCUGCACCAGACGGACCCCCGUGACGAUAAGACGCGCAUACAGCGUACUAAAGGCAACUUGCUUAAAGACUCAUAUCGCUGGAUCCUCAGCCACGAAGAUUUCAAGAGAUGGUGUGACAAUCCUCAGUACAGGCUGCUUUGGAUCAAAGGAGAUCCUGGCAAAGGAAAGACAAUGCUUUUAUGCGGCAUCAUCGACGAGAUAGAGAAGUCUACUACUACACAUUGCUUGUCUUAUUUCUUCUGCCAGGCUACCGAAGUACGACUGAGUAGCGCAACGGCAGUGCUACGAGGUCUUAUAUAUAUGAUAAUCAGCCAGCGGCCGUCACUUAUUUCUUACGUCCGAGAAAAAUAUGAUAUUUCUGGGAAGAAGCUUUUUGAUGACGGCAAUGCUUGGGAUGCGCUGUCCAAGAUUCUGAUGGCUAUGUUGAAUAACGCAAGCUUGGAUGAUGCCAUUUUGGUUGUCGACGCUCUCGAUGAGUGCAAUAAAGAAUUACCGCUUCUCCUUGAGUUUAUUUCUCGAGCGUCUAAUUCGUCACGUACCAAAUGGAUCGUGUCAAGCCGUAACUGGCCUCUUAUUGAAGAGAAUCUUGAUACUCCCAAGCAGGGAGUUAGGCUAUGCCUUGAGCUGAAUGAAAGUUCAGUUUCCACCGCUGUUCAAACUUAUAUCCGACAUAAAGUGAAAGAAUUGGCUGAGCAAAAGGGCUAUGAUAGCACAACGCAAGAUGCUGUUGAGCAACAUUUAAUGUCAAACGCUCACGGCACGUUUCUUUGGGUGGCUCUAGUCUGCCAAGAUCUUGGUGAUCCAAAGGUCAAAAAGCGACAUACGCUUAACAAGCUCAAGACAUCAUACCCACCUGGGCUUGACCCUCUAUACCUGCGAAUGAUGGAGAAUAUUCGUGACUCACUUGAUGCGGAAACUUGCCGACAGAUAUUGGCUAUUGUUUCAGUCGUAUACCGCCCAAUCACAUUAGCAGCACUAAGCCGCCUUCUAGACUCAGAUGAUGAUUUUGAAAGCGACGAGCUGACAGACAUUAUUGGGUCUUGCGGUUCAUUUUUGACCAUCCGAGACGACGUAAUUUACUUCAUACAUCAGUCGGCAAAAGAUUUUCUGCUUGAAAAAGCUCCUGAUCAAUUUUUAGCCUCUGGCAUUGGGUACCAGCACCGCAUUAUCUUUUUGAGAUCGUUGGAAAUUUUAAGCAAGGCACUACAUCGCGAUAUGUACAACCUACGCCUUCCAGGUUUCCCAAUCGAACAGGUCUCUUCGCCUAGCCCUGAUCCAUUGGCGCCAAUUACCUACUCGUGCAUCUAUUGGAUUGACCACUACUGCGACCCAAGAUGCUUGCAGGCACUGAGUCUUGAGAGCAGGCAACAAAGCGAAGAGGCUAUCGCCAAGUUCUUGGAAGGUAAAUACCUGUAUUGGCUGGAAGCUCUGAGUUUGUUGCGUGGUAUGUCAGAGGGAUGGCUUGCAAUUCAGAAGCUAAUAGAGGCCAUUCAAUCGCAACACCUUACUGAAUUGCUCAAAGAUGCAAGUCAAUUCAUUCGGUCACACAAGCGAGUGAUGGAGUCUGUUCCAUUGCAGGUUUAUGCAGCAGCACUCGUUUUUAGUCCUUCGCAGAGUAAAAUGAGAGAAAUUUUCGUCGCCGAAGAGCCAAAAUGGAUCCUCACAAAGCCACUUGGGGCGAUGCGCUGGCCUGCUUGGCUACACACUCUCGAGGGCCAUACUGAGGAAAUCGCAUCAAUCGUCUUUUCCCCCAACUCAUCGCUCGUAGCAUCGGGCUCAUACGACGAUACAGUCCGGUUCUGGCGUAUUAGUACAGGCGAUUGUGUGCAUGUACUUAGAGGCCAUACAGAGUUCAUUAUUUCACUUGUCUUCUCACAUGACUCAGCGCUCUUAGCAUCAGGCUCAUGGGAUCAAACAGUCCGGCUCUGGCGCACCGAUACAGGCGAUUGUGUGCAUGUACUUAGAGGCCACAAACAGCGCAUUCUCUCACUUGCUUUCUCACAUGACUCAACACUAUUAGCAUCAAGCUCAAAUGAUGAAACAAUCCGGCUCUGGCGCACUGAUACAGGCGAAUGUGUACAAGAGCUGCAGCAUUUUGGUGAGAUUAAGGCCAUUGCCUUCUCGCAUGACUCGUCCCUUCUGGCAUCAUUUUUUGCAGGCGGAACCUUUCGACUCUGGCGCGUUAGCACAGGCGACUGCGUACGAGAUCUAAGGAUUCAUAAAAUUAAGAUUAGCGCAGCUGCCUUCUCACAUGACUUGACACUCUUAGCAUCCGGCUUAGAGGAUACAAUCCAACUCUGGAGCAUUGAGACAGGAAAGUGUGUGCGAGAGUUUAAAUGCCAUCCCGAAAGUGUCCUUUCAAUCAACUUUUCUCAUAAUUCGAAUUUGAUGGCAUCAGACUCAUGGGAUGGAAUAGUCAUGUUCUGGCGCCUUGAUACAGGUGACUGCAUACGAAAGCUAAAGAUAGACGGUUUUUCUCGUAAAGCUGCCUUCUCCCAUGACUUAAAUCUUAUGGCAAUGCCUUGGGCGAAUACAACAAUCCGUCUCUGGCACGCUGAUACAGACAGCGAAAUGCAAGAACAAGAAACAUCCGGAGAUCGGGUCACAUCGAUGGCUUUCUCGCACAACUCAGCACUCGUGGCAUCGGCCUCAGCCGGUAGUGGGGAAAUCACGCUCUGGUGCGCUGAAACAGGGAGAUGUAUCCGGGAGAUGAAAGGCCAUACGUGGACAGUUGUGUCAAUCGUUUUCUCACAUGACUCAACACUAUUAGCAUCAAGCUCAAAUAAUGAAACAAUCCGGCUCUGGCGCAUCGAGACGGGCGAUUGUGUGCAGGUCCUGCAGGGUCGUAAUGCGUUUGGCGCAGUCGCCUUCUCGCAUGACUCCGAACUGAUAGCGUCAGGUUGCCGUGAUGGGUUGAUUUAUCUCUGGCGCACUGCAACAGGCGAGCGCGUGCAAGAGCUGAAAAGUGGCCAUGAAAGCUAUAUUUCGUCAGUUGCCUUCUCGCAUGAUUCAGCGCUCAUAGCAUCAGCUUCGCGGUGGAGACCAGUUCGAAUCCUACGUGUCGCAACAGGUGCGCAUGUGCAGACGCUAUGGGGUCACAAGGACGAUGUAACAGCGAUUGUUUUCUCGCGAGACUCGGCGCUCGUAGCAUCAGCUGCAGAAGAUCGUACGGUCCGGCUAUGGCGCGUCGACACGGGCGAAUGCGUGCAAAACAUCUACCUUGGUGCCGCAUCAUUCAAACUAUCAAUUACAAGCGACAAUUCGCAAAUCCUUACGGAUUUUGGCUCUAUUGCUGUUGAGAGCACCGCCAUGCCUGAUGCGCGGAUUCCAGCUCGCUUUUCAGGCAUUGGCGUAAGAUGCGACCACAGCUGGAUUACGUGGAACAAUAACAAUAUCCUCAGGAUACCGGUGGAACUUGAGGUGCUUCGGACGGCUAUAUCAGGAUCCACCGUUGCCAUCGGCUGCAGUUCAGGACGGGUCGUUAUUAUCCGUUUCUCGACUGAAGAGUUGACAAAAAUCUUCGCUGGCGUUGAUAAUAUUCUAUACUAG